AUGCCCGCAAAAUCGCGAUUCACAAGGCUAGAUGCCUUCGCCAAGACCGUCGAAGAUGCGCGCAUUCGCACCAACUCUGGCGGUAUCAUCACAAUUGCUUCCUUGCUAGUGGUCAUGUGGCUGGUUUGGGGAGAAUGGGCCGACUACCGCCGCGUUGUGGUGCAUCCGGAGCUUAUUGUCGACAAGUCGAGAGGUGAGAGAAUGGAAAUUCACUUGAACAUGACAUUUCCCCGACUACCGUGUCAACUUUUGACUUUGGAUGUUAUGGAUGUGUCUGGUGAGCAGCAGGUGGGUGUUGCGCAUGGUGUGAACAAGGUCCGCUUGUCCCCUCCCUCGGAGGGUGGUAAGGUCAUUGAUGUGCAAUCAUUGGACCUACACUCCCCCGCCGAUGCUGCCACACACCUGGACCCGGACUACUGCGGUGAGUGCUAUGGAGCAAACGCACCUGCUAAGGCAUCAAAAGAAGGCUGCUGUAAUACUUGCGAUGAAGUACGUGAGGCAUACGCGGAGAAGUCCUGGGCUUUCGGUAUCGGAGAGAAUGUGGAGCAGUGCACCCGCGAAGGAUAUGGAGAGAAAUUGCAAGCCCAGCGUCGCGAGGGCUGCCGGAUUGAAGGUGUCCUUCGAGUCAACAAGGUGGUCGGCAAUUUCCACAUCGCGCCCGGCCGCAGCUUCACCAACAUGAACAUGCAUGCCCAUGAUCUGGAGAACUACUAUCUGGACAGCCAAUCGGCCCCCGAGAAUAUGCACACAAUGGCCCACGAAAUUCACGAGCUCCGGUUUGGUCCCCAAAUCCCCGCAGAGCUUGCCGAACGUUGGCAAUUUACCGAUGACCACCACAUGAACCCGCUAGACGGCACCUCCCAGACCACAGAUGCGCCCGAUUAUAACUUUAUGUACUUCCUCAAGAUUGUGUCGACAUCUUACUUGCCCUUGGGAUGGGAUCCAUCAUUCUCUUCUGCUAUCCACAGCGCUUACGACAAGGCGCCUCUUGGUACUCACGGACUGGCUUAUGGUUCUCAAGGCAGCAUCGAGGCCCACCAGUACUCCGUCACCUCUCACAAGCGGUCCCUCAAGGGUGGAAACGAUGCUGCCGACGGGCACGAAGAGCGCAUGCACGCUGCAGGUGGUAUCCCUGGUGUCUUCUUCAACUAUGAUAUCUCCCCCAUGAAGGUUAUCAACCGUGAGACCCGCCCCAAAUCUUUUACCAACUUCUUGACCGGUGUCUGCGCUAUUAUCGGUGGAACCCUGACUGUGGCUGCGGCUCUGGACCGUGGUUUCUACGAGGGUGGUAUGCGCAUCAAGAAGAUUCACUCCAACUAG